AUGGAAAGAACACCUGAUUUUUAUUUAAGAUAUUAUAUAGGACACAAAGGCAAAUUCGGGCACGAAUUUUUGGAGUAUGAAAUCACAAAUGAAGGCAGACUUAGAUAUGCGAAUAACUCAAACUACAGAAACGAGCCUCUGAUAAGAAAAGAAGUUUAUAUAAAUCGAAUAGUAAUUGAGGAAAUCAAAAGAUUGGUCAACAAUUCUGAAGUGCUAAGCCAAGACGAUUCAAGGUGGCCUGAGCCAAACAACGUCGGAAGACAAGAGUUAGAAAUUGUGAUCGGAGAAGAGCACGUGUUUUUUAUCACUUCAAAAAUCGGAUCUUUCUUAGAUGUUCAGAGAAGUGAAGAUCCAGAAGGACUCAGGAGCUUUUUCUAUCUAGUGCAAGAUAUAAAAUGCCUGGUUCUUACCCUUAUGAGUAUGCAUUUUAGAAUAAAGCCAGUUUAA